AAUCAGGUUCAAUGAUUCAAAAUAAAAUAUGAUCUGGCAUCUGUAAAUAACUUUGAAAGUAUAUUUUAUACAUUAUUCUAGAUAAUAUUUUCAAUUUUCAUUGUAGCCGGAAUAAAAAAUUAUUAAUCAAUGUCCAACGAUCGCUACUCAUCAUCAAACACGAGUUACUGUCACGAGUUUUUGGAGAAUUAGUUAAAUUACUGUUGUAGUUUUAAAAUGAAUGGAAAACACAGUGACCUUUCUGAAGCUGAAUGGUGUCAAACUUGUUUCGAAGAGCAAAGAUUUAGAGAAGAAAGAUUCUUGUUGUCAACAAAAUCUAGUCAAGCACAUGAAUCCUACAACUUUAACACAAACCAAACCGUGACUAUUAAUACUUGUAGAAAUGAAUACGAUAGAGUUCUAACAUCACAAGAACAAAAGAUGAAGAAUCAGACUACGAGGACAGCGAUGAUGAUGUAUAUGAAAUGGAACUCAACAGUGAUUUUAUAAAUUUUCUUGAACAGUCAGCAAAACAUAAAGAAGAAAGGAAAAAGCAAAAGGAACUGAUGAAGGCAGAGAAUAAUGAUUAUAUUGAAGUAAAUGAAGUAGUAAUUGAGGCAACAACUUUAGCUCCAGAUCAACAGCAGGGUGUAUUGCGAACACAAGAAAUGAACAUUUUAUAUGGACCAUAUGCUCAUAAAAUUGAAAGCUUAGAAACAUCAUUACAGUUAAACUUUCAUAUGAAUGUAGACAUGAGACAUCCUGUUCUCUGGCCAAGUAUACCAUUAAGGUUUUGACUUUUAACUUGGCCUGAAAUAAUUCUAUUGCUCAUCUCAUUAAAUUUGUUAAUUUCAAAAUAUUUCUAAGUAAAUACUGAAAAGGCUAGAAUGUGAUAAAGCAAAUAUGCACUGCCACUUUUAUUGUAUCUUUAUUUUUAUCCUUUGGUCUUUUAACAUAAUAAUACUUUAUAUCAUGUUAUCAUAAUGUCGACACUAUUUACAUUUAACAUAUGUACAAACAUCGAGCAAUGAAAUAAGCAUGUGUUAUUUAUAAAAUAAAUAAAUUUGAAAUUAAUAUCUAAA